UCAAUCACAAUUAGAAAUGCAAAAUCAAAACAAGGACAAUCCAAUACAGAAUUCUAAUAUUUCAAGCAUUUUCCCGAGAUUGCAAUCACCCCAAUUAUUUCUUCCACAUCUUCACUUUCCUUAUCCUUAUCAAUCUAUUUUCUUUCGUCCGUUUGUUCUUCAAAGGUCUUUGGUGCCACAAAUGAAUUUAUUUUUACCUCCUCUUCCUUUCAUCCGAUUUCGCCCGAUCACUAUCCCAGAAAAAGAGAAAAAGCUGAUAAGUAAAUUGAGCAUUGAGUCAAUAAUAAGUUCUUCAAAAGUUGAAACUAGAAAUAAUGCUGGAGAAAAUAGAGACCUUGCAUCAAGUAAUGGAUCGUUAAUGGACCUCUACAAAUCAACAAAUUCUGUCAAUUCCAGUGAUAAUUCUAAAAAUGGAGAAAUUAUAAAGGAACUUAAUAAAAUUUUAAUGUUAUCACAACAAAAGAAAGAAAGGCCUAAAGGUUUUAAAAGAAGUGAUAGUAAUUAAAUUUGCUUUUCAGCAAGUUUUGAACCGACACACGAAGAGAAUGCACAAAUCAAAGCUAGUGAAGCUUGCAGCAGUGGCGCUGUUGAACCAAAUCGUGGAUAUGCUUGCCAUCGCUGUGGGAAAUUAUUCAGCUAUGCUUAUUAUAGGUAAGCGUGUUAAAAUAUG